GCACAUGGCAACGCGAGUAAGAAAAUGGACUCAAACUCUUCAUUCGAGUGGCCUCACGCGCUGAACGACAACGGGACACACAAGUACCUCUACUUAGAAGGCAACGUCUCCUACGUGGACUUCUACCUUCACCAGCCUUCGGUGGCAGCCGUCUUCAUCGUCUCUUACCUCCUGAUCUUCCUGCUCUGCAUGGUUGGCAACGGAGCCGUUUGCUUUAUCGUCCUGAGGAGCAAACACAUGCGCACAGUCACCAACCUUUUCAUCUUAAACCUGGCUGUCAGCGAUUUACUGGUGGGAAUCUUCUGCAUGCCCACUACCCUCCUGGACAACAUCAUUGCAGGAUGGCCCUUUGGGAGCCUGGUUUGCAAGAUGAGUGGGAUGGUCCAAGGCAUCUCUGUCUCUGCCUCUGUCUUCACUCUGGUUGCUAUUGCUGUAGACAGGUUCCGACGCGUUGUUUGUCCGUUCAAGCAGAAGCUGACCGUUUCCACCGCAGUCGCCGUUGUGGCGGUCAUCUGGAUUCUGGCCGUCGCCAUCACGUGUCCUUCCGCAGUCAUGCUGCAGGUGCAAGAAGAGAAGCGUUUCAGGGUGAUCCUUGGCUACGGCAACGAAACCCGCCCCGUACACUGGUGCCGGGAGGACUGGCCU